CAAUAUCCCCGGUACCGCCGGCCUUGUGGUCUUGCGAUAAGUGUCUCGCAGGUGCACCAGAUGCAUUCUACAUGAGUUCAGCAAAGCAGCGCACACUCAAUAUAAAUGUUGGCAUUCUAGGUCACGUCGAUAGUGGGAAGACAAGUUUAGGUGAGCGAGCGACCAAAGCGAAAAUUCUUACAUCCGGUCUAAGGUUCCCAUCAAGACUCACGCCUUUCUCCGCAAUUUUCACCACACUUCCUAUGCAUACAGUUCGGGCACUUUCUACUCACUUCUCAACUGCUUCUUUGGAUAAACAUCCUCAAAGUAUCGAACGGGGCAUUACAUUGGAUCUCGGUUUCUCAAGUUUUUCGACAAGAGUGCCAAAAAACCUUGACAACGACCUAUACGAACAGGUCCAGUUCACCCUCGUGGACUGUCCGGGACACGCGACUCUCAUGAAAACUGUGCUUGGCGGGGCACACAUAAUUGAUAUGAUGGUUUUGGUGAUAGAUGUAAACAAGGGAAUGCAGACGCAGACCGCAGAAUGUUUGGUCGUUGGCGAGAUAACAGCACAAGACCUCCUCGUUGUUUUGAAUAAAAUUGAUAUGAUUCCUGAGAAAUUACGCUUUGAGCGAAUCGAAAAUGCCAAAGCGCGAUUGAGAAAAGUCCUGAAGGCCACUAAAUUCAGAGAUUGCGAAUUUAUCUCUGUUGCUGCGCGUCCUGGAGGUGCGGAUGGUAUGGAAGCCGGAGGCCUGCCCCCUAUCGGAAUGGCUGCCUUGGUUUCGAGUCUUUCGUCGUAUGUUACAACGAAAAAGAUAGAGAGGUGUUUCGGGACGUUUCUGUUUGCGGUUGAUCACUGCUUUCCUGCCAGAGGUCAGGGGACUGUGAUGACAGGGACUGUGUUGAGAGGCACCUGUAAGGUCGGGGAUGAAAUUGAAUUGCCUGAACUCGGAAUCGUAAAAAAGGUGAAGAGCAUGCAAAUGUUCAAAAGGCCUGUUCAAGACUGUGCUAAAGGUGAUCGACUUGGCAUUUGCGUUACCCAGCUUGAUCCUAAACUCAUCGAGCGAGGCAUGUUGGCAGCUCCCGGCACUGUACCACGGUUCAGUACGGCGGUUGUACUUGCGCAGAAAAUCAGAUAUUACAAAGGUCGCGUGCUCUCAAAGAUGAAGUUCCAUGUUACGGUGGGACACGUUACAGCAAUGGCCACUGCUGAGUUUUUUGGCAAUAUUUCAGAAGCGGGUGCCGCGCGAGAGGAUUCUUCGGCCUCUCCUGGAAUGAUGGACCGCGACACGAUAAACACGUCUCUUCAGCAUUCCUGGAAGUCGUCCCUCCCACGACAACCCUCGGACCAAAUUUUCACUGAGUUUGACGGACAAAAGGAAUACUCAUAUUAUGAAGAGCUGUUAUACGCUGCUGGCAUGCAUGAACAAAACUCGGAAGAAAUCGUAGACACCUCUAUAAAACCUGUAAGUGUCGCGAGCAAUAAAAGGACACUUCAAAAUGCCACCUGGGCACUCCUUUUCUUUGAUCGCCCCGUUGUUUGUCCUCCCGGGGGCUUAUAUAUUGCUUCGCGUUUAGACACGGAUAUUCAGAAGAACGCAUGCCGCUUAGCAUUCUAUGGCCAGAUCUUACGGCCAUUCGCCUUUGAUCAAGACACAAGCGCAAUGAGGUGCAUCAAAGUUUUCAAACUAAAAAGGAGGGAAGGUGUGAUAGAACGGCUACAGGAUGACAAAUCUGCAAUCUGCAAAGGAAUGUUCAAAAGGGAAACCGACCUGUCUAUGUUCCAAGGCAUGAAAGUAUUCACGGAUCGCGGUGAAGAAGGAAUCAUCAGUGGGUGGUUUGGAAAGAGUGGCAAAUUCAAGGUGUUCUUUAGGGACGGAAUCCAGCCAGUUUCCGAGGCAGACAAGAACACGAAGCUGUAUCUGUAUUUCAAGCGUCACGCAUUUGACAAAGAAGACAAACGCGUUUUCCAGUAGAGCAGUGGACCUAGCUAACUUCGAAAAUAGAUUUUUGACUUCGACACAGACGGAUCGUAAGUCCACAACUCAGAAGUUGGUUUUGCCGAAUCUUCAACUCAAGGUUCAGUUUCACAGUUCCAUGCUGCCAUGAGAUCUGACACUCGAUUAUACUCGAUUACAUGAAUACCGAUGCCUACAUAUGAUGUCU